AGGGGAAGCGGUCUCGGGACGCCUCUUCGCUGUUACGCGACGAAACGCCGCCUCUGCAUUCCACUCUCUCGCCACAGCAGGCGGCAUCUUUUCUCCCCCUCCCACCAGCGCAAUGACCUCCCUGCCCCUGCCCUCCACGCGCAUCCUCGUCCAGUCCCGGCCAAUUUCCACCCCGAAAUGACCCUUCUGCCCCCCGGCCCGGCUCUCAACCUUCUUCCUCACCUCCUCCCGGUAUAAACCGAGGCUAGGCUAGGCUUCCCCAACAGAAACACGCAAGCAGCGUGAGCACCGUUCCCACCUCUCGCCUUAUUAUUCCCGGACGUGGCAGGAACCGACGGCGCGGAGGCUGGACCGGCGGCACCGGAGGCGGCGGCGAUGAUGGCGCGGAAGGAGGACCACCACCACCUGCGCGCGCUGGCGGCGCGGGCGGUCACGGACUCGCUCCGCGCGGCCGCGCCCACCGCCGCCGAGCGCGCCGCGCGCUUCGAGGACUGCGUGCGGAGCCUCGAGGCCGAGAAGGCCAAGAUGGAGGUCUUCCGCCGGGAGCUCCCCAUCAGCGUCCACCUCGUCGCCGACGUGAUCGAGUGGCUCAAGGAGGAGCUCGCGCAGCACCGCCGCCCGGCCCCGGCCCCGGCGCCGGAGCUCUUCGCGCCGGUGGCGACGGCUCCGGCGGCGGCGAAGAGGAAGGCGGCGCCGGAGGGGGCAGCCGUCAAGGCGGAGGCCGACGCCAACGACAAGCGGAGCUGGAUGAGCUCCGCGCAGCUCUGGAGCUGCGGCAGCCACGACGGCAGCACCGACGCCACCAAUGGCGCCGCCGCCGCCGCCAAGCCCGCGCGCAAGGUGUCGGGCGCGUUCAUGCCACCGACGUUGGCGAGAUCACCGGACGACGCGGCGGAGAAGCCCGCGGCGUUGCCGGUCCCGGACCUGACCCUCUCGUCCCCGGCGGUCGACGCCGCCUGCCCGGCCGCCCCGAGCGCCACCAGCAGCGCCGUCACGGACGGGGGCGCCGCGGCGCAGCGCCAGCAGCAGCAGCAGGCGCAGCAGAGGAAGGCUCGGCGGUGCUGGUCGCCCGAGCUCCACCGCCGGUUCGUCGCGGCGCUCCAGCGGCUCGGCGGCGCGCAAGUUGCCACGCCGAAGCAGAUCAGGGAGCUGAUGAAGGUGGACGGGCUGACGAACGACGAGGUGAAGAGCCACCUGCAGAAGUACCGGCUGCACACGCGGCGGGCGUCGUCGUCGGACGGCGGCGACCUCGCGGCGGGGCUGUGGGCCGAGCCGGAGCAGCAGUACGCGACGUCGCAGCACAGCACGUCGCAGUCGGGGUCGCCCCAGGGGUCCCUGCAGCUGACGGUGUCGAGCCGGGCCAUGUCGGCGACCGCCGGGGACAGCUGCGACGGCGACGAGGCGGAGGGCGGCAGGUCCGAGAGCUACGGCUUCGGGGCGCAGCACGGGACCAAGGCCUCGUCGUACUGAAAAUCCUCUGCUGGAUCCUUCCUUGGGACAGCAGCAGUAUAGAAGAAGAAGAAGAUGGAUGCAGCAGAGAUAUGAUCAGAUGAUGGAAACCACAAACACUGCAGAUGAGAGGCAUUUUGUGUACAGUCGUUGAGAGGAUUCUUUUCUUUUUGCAGAUGAACUGAUGCGAGUGAUUUGUCGAGUGUUGUUUGUCGGUGUGAGAUAAGAGAUGAGAUGUUGCUACAUUACAUCGCAGAAAUCUUCAGGUUGAGUCGAAUCAGCUGGGUCGAGAGGCCGAUGGAUUUUACAUUUUGGGGGGAUUGCCUGGCCUUCUUGCAAUCUGAUGCAGAUUCUUUCA